AGCGGUCUCCAGCAGUGAAAGCGCAGGUGGACUCCUCUACGACUGCUUCCAUUUUAACAAAACAAAAAGAAAACAGAAGGCAGGAGAGAAACGAAAAGAAAGAAAGAGCACUUCUUGAACUGAGCGAGAGGGAGAGAGUUAGUUUCAGCGGAUUCAACAAAAAGUUCUAGGUAUUCUGCUGCAUAUCUUGAACUCGACAUCGACAGUUUCUUGUUCAUAUAUGGUGCGUGGAAGAUUUUUACAAGUAAUCGGAAUCCUUAAUCAACUGAGUAGUAGAGCGAUUUGAUGAACUUCAAAAGAAUGCAUACGUAAAUUUGUGCUUAUUAUCCACGGUUUUUUCAGUGCUUCCAUCAGAUCGCAUUGCUGUAGUAUCCACCGGCUAUGUUGAUUUGCCAAUUACAUUCUUUAUUUAAUAGUUGGAGCUCUAGAUGGUGGGACCAUCAGCAUUAUCAGUGAGCAACAUUCAUAGCCUUCGGAAGCGUUUUUCUACUUGAAAACUUCUUAUAGUCUUAUAUAAGAAAGAUGGUUUGAAAUUCAAGGAAGACAUGUAAAUUCAUGCCAGGGGUCAUGGUCAACUCCAUUUUCUAUACAUAGAUCAAUGUUUACAUGCCUCUUGACUGAAUGGAUGCAAAGGUUGCUGCAAAGUUCAAUAUAGACACAGUUGAAAUAGUCAGUUCUCUGCUCACUUUAACUUUCUGGUGAAUGGUGAUGCAUCCAGUGCUACACCAUGUAUACUUCUGUUGGCGCUUUCUAUUUGGGCAUCUUUUCAUAUCCAUUAUUCUUGUCAGUUUGGGGUAUCACACAAGCAAUGCCCUUGAAUCCGAAGCACUGUUUCAGGGAAACUUUGGAUCAUUUCUGAGCAAUGAGUAUGAAAGUACUUUUCACUGUAUUCAAAGGUCGGCUUUUUUAUCCUCUUGGGAGAAUUUGUGGUCUUGCGAGGAUUUGAAAGGUGUUGGCUCAUUGAACACAACCUGCCUGCUCAACUCUAGUCUGUGUUUGAAAGAUGAUCUGAACAUAUCUGGGUCAGGAAACCUCACAAUAUUGCCACAUGUUUCUAUUGCAUGUCCUGUUAAAGGCUGUUCCAUAAGCUUCAACUUAUCUGGCAUUGUUACAGUGGGCCGCUAUGCCAGACUAAUUGCAGGAUCGAUCAUUGUUUAUGCCACCAAUCUAACUUUGGAUGAACAUUCCUCCAUAAACACGACAUCCUUAGGUGGACCGCCUCCUGCUCAGACCAGUGGAACACCAAUCGGCUAUGAUGGAGCUGGUGGAGGGCAUGGAGGACGAGGUGCUACCUGUCUCAGAAGCAAUAAGACGAGUCUCUGGGGUGGGGAUGUUUAUGGCUGGUCCACUCUGUCUGAACCAUGGAGUUACGGAAGCAAGGGGGGAAGCGCAUUUGCUGAUGAAUCAUUUGGGGGGAGUGGAGGAGGCCGUGUCAUGCUUAAAGUUAAGGAUAUGCUCUAUAUAGAUGGAUCUGUGUGUGCAGAAGGAGGUGAAGGAGGGUUAAAAGGUGGAGGUGGGUCAGGUGGAAGUAUCAUUAUUCUAGCAAAAAAGCUGAAAGGGACUGGUACCAUCAGUGCUGCAGGUGGUAGAGGAUGGGGUGGAGGUGGUGGUGGAAGAAUAUCAAUGGCGUGUUACAGUGUACAAGAAGAUGUGAAGGUCACAGUGCAUGGUGGUGAGAGCAUUGGCUGUUCUGAGAAUGCUGGUGCUGCAGGUACUGCCUUUGAUGCCACACUGCUGAGUAUUAGAGUAAGCAAUGACAAUGUUACCACAAGAACGGAGACUCCUUUGCUGGUUUUUCCUACAAGCCCAAUUUGGUCAAAUGUUUUUGUGGAGAGCAAUGCGAAAGCUUUGGUUCCUUUGCUGUGGACCAGAGUGCAGGUGAGAGGCCAAAUUAGACUACUUGAUGGUGGCUGCAUCAGCUUUGGAUUGUCUGACUAUCCAGUCUCAGAAUUUGAGCUGGUUGCUGAAGAACUUUUAAUGAGUGAUUCUGUGAUAAAGGUGUACGGCGCAUUCCGAAUGUCUAUUAAAAUGUUACUCAUGUGGGACUCUCAGAUUAAGAUUGAUGGUGGAGGAAAUACUCAAGUUAGAAGUUCACUGCUUGAAGUCAGGAAUUUAGUUGUUCUCAGGCACAAUUCCAUCAUCAGUUCUAAUUCAAACUUGGGUUUAUAUGGUCAAGGGCUUCUGAAAUUGACUGGUCCCGGUGAUGCAAUCAAAGGGCAGCGACUUUUCCUGUCACUAUUUUAUAACAUAGAUGUUGGGCCAGGUUCGUUGCUUCAGGCUCCAUCUGAUGAUGAAAAUGAAAGUAGUUCGGCAACUAAAUCUCCUUGUGAGAGUCAAACAUGCCCGAUAGAGUUGAUAACUCCUCCAGAAGACUGCCAUGUGAACAAUUCAUUGUCUAUGACACUUCAAAUCUGUCGUGUUGAGGAUAUUACUGUCCAAGGCUUUGUUAAAGGAAGCAUUGUUCACAUUCACAGAGCAAGGACGGUCACUAUUGAAACUGAUGGGAUCAUAAGUGCAUCAGAAUUAGGUUGCAGGGAGGGUCUAGGUAAAGGAAAGUAUAUAAAAUACGGAGCGGUGGGUGGCGGUGGACAUGGAGGUAGAGGUGGCUCAGGGGUUUACAAUGAGAUGCGUAGUGAAGGUGGUCAAGAAUACGGUGAUGCUGAUCUUCCCUGUGAGUUAGGAAGUGGAAGUGGUGUGCCUAGUGAAUUAAAUGGACGUGUUGCAGGAGGGGGAAUGAUAGUGAUGGGUUCCACUCAAUGGCCACUGUUAAGGUUAGAUAUUUAUGGAUCAUUAGAGGCAGAUGGUCAAAGUUGUGGUGAAGCACGAAGGAACAGUAAUGGUACAUUAGUUGGUGGGCUGGGUGGUGGUUCUGGUGGGUCGAUUCUUCUUUUCCUUCAAGCACUUACACUCAGCAAAAACUCGUCUUUGUCCAUUGCUGGUGGUAGUGGUGGCCAAGUUGGUGGCGGCGGCGGCGGCGGCGGCAGACUUCACUUUCAUUGGUCUAAUAUUGCCACCGGACAUGAAUAUGUUCAGAUUGCUAUGGUGAAUGGGACAAUUGACAAUAGUGGAGGAGCUGGGAGCAGUGGUGGUCACCAUGGAGAGAGGGGUACAGUCACGGGAAAGAAGUGUCCCAAAGGGCUUUAUGGCACAUUCUGCACUGAGUGCCCUGUUGGCACAUAUAAGGAUGUUGAAGGUUCUGAUCCAUCACUUUGCAUUCCUUGCUCAUUGGAACUUCUUCCCCAACGUGCAUCUCUUAUAUACAUACGAGGAGGAGUCACUCAAUCAAGCUGUCCAUAUAAAUGUGUAUCAGACAAAUAUCGGAUGCCAAAAUGCUAUACACCCCUUGAGGAUCUGAUAUAUACAUUUGGAGGACCAUGGUCUUUUGCACUUCUCCUAUCAUUCACUUUAGUCCUCCUCGCUGUUCUGUUGAGUGCUUUACGGAUUAAAUUGGUUGGAUCAGAUUAUGCUUAUCAAGCCUCAAAAAAAUCAAUUGAACGUCACGGUCCGCAUCCUUUCCCACAUCUCUUGUCCCUAGCAGAGGUGCGGGGUACCAGCAGAGUGGAAGAAAGUCAAAGUCAUGUGUACAGAAUGUAUUUUAUGGGACCCAAUACCUUUCGAGAACCCUGGCAUCUUCCUUACUCUCUACCUGAUGCAAUUAUUGAGAUUGUAUAUGAGGAUGCUUUCAACAGGUUCAUUGAUGAGAUCAACUCUGUUGCUGCAUAUGAGUGGUGGGAAGGGUCGGUACACAGCAUUCUUUCAGUCCUUGCCUAUCCUUGUUCCUGGUCUUGGAAACAAUGGCGUCGGAGAAAUAAGAUUCAUCGCCUUAAGGAAUAUGUCAAAUCAGAAUAUGAUCAUGCAUGCCUCCGUUCAUGCAGAUCACGAGCUCUUUACAAAGGGAUGAAGGUUUGGCUUACAAGUUCACUAACGAGCUUAUUUUUACUUUCUACAGUUGGUUCAACACCAGAUCUGAUGGUUGCCUACAUUGAUUUCUUCCUUGGUGGUGAUGAGAAGAGGCUAGAUAUCGCCUCCAAUAUUCCGCAAAGAUUCCCCAUGUGCAUCGUUUUUGGUGGAGAUGGAAGUUAUAUGGCACCUUACAAUCUCCACAGCGACACGCUGCUGACCAAUCUUCUAGGACAGUAUGUUCCAACAACAAUAUGGAAUCGGCUAGUUUCUGGCUUCAAUGCACAAUUAAGGACGGUGAGGCAAGGGCGCAUUCGAUCUGCACUAGUUCCUGUGAUUAAUUGGAUCAGUAGCCAUGGUAAUGCCGAACUGGAGUCCCAUGGUGUUAGGAUUGAGCUGGGAUGGUUCCAGGCCACAGCCUCUGGUUACUAUCAACUAGGCAUCUUGGUGUCAGUCGGUGAUUUUGUUCUAAACCACAUGCGCCAGUCUGAUAUAUUCAACAAAAGUACUAAUGACCAUCCAAGGAAAAACACUGCAGUUGCACGUAAGAACCCAAAGCAGUUGCAGCAGAGUCAGCCAUUCACCAGCCAUGUGUUGUCCCGUAAAAGGAUAACUGGAGGAAUGAAUGGAGGGGUAAUAAAUGAUGCUACGCUGCCAUCACUGGACUAUAAAAGGGACUUCUUUUUCCCAUUUUCUCUUCUAUUGCACAAUACCCGGCCCAUUGGCCUUCAGGUAGACACCCUGCAGCUGCUGAUAACCAUUAUGCUCUUGGGAGAUUGUGCUAUAACUCUUCUUACAUUGCUUCAGUUCUACUGGAUUUCCAUUGGGGUCUUCCUUUCUGUCCUGCUCAUUCUUCCUUUAUCCUUGCUUCCUCCAGUUCCUGCUGGUUUAAAUGCUCUUUUCAGUCAAGGGCCGCGACGAUCUUCACUUACUCGUGUUUAUGCAUUGUGGAAUGUAACAUCUCUGUCAAACAUUAUUGUGGCUUUUGCUUCCGGGAUUCUAUAUUAUGGAUUUUUUUCAUCCCAGGUGGUGCCUGAGAAGACCAACACAUGGCAUGUCAUCAGAAGGGAGGGUGAGAAUUGGUGGGUUUUGCCCACUGUCCUUCUCCUAGUUAAGUCAGUGCAAGCUCGCUUCGUGGAUUGGCACAUUGCAAAUAUAGAGAUUCAAGAUCCAUCUGUCUUCAGUCAAGAUCUGAAGACCUUCUGGGGGGAUUGUGGACCGCCUUCCCCAGCAAGAAUAAAUUGAAGAAGGCUAUUGUGGACCCAAAAAAAUGUGAGCACUGUCGAUUAUAUUUUCCAUGGAAAUUGAAAGCAAGCUGAGAAGAUAUGUAGAGAUUUUCUUGAUGUUUUCCCCUUUUCUGUAAAUAUGUCCAGUGUAAAGUGAUUUAUUCGUGUGUUUGGGUUUUUCUUCAGUUUAUAUCCUGUAACAUUAGCACCAGUCGGCAUAUGCAUAGAAUUUAGGUGGAAGAUUUAUAGAGGAAAGGGUAUAGUGUCAUUCUUUUGAAAACUCAUUAUUGAGAAAGUUUGUUAUUGACAAACCGUGGGUGUUUUGUCAUGAAUGCUAAAUUACUAGAGGCAGUGUCUUAGUUUUACCUGGGUUUGUGAGAAUGUAAUACCAUGGUAUUGUUGCAUA